GGAUUCUUCCUCGUGCGAUUGUCAUUUCCAGCCAUUCGAGAUUAUAUGCCACGGUGAAAGAAAGACACCGAACGGACGAACGGACGAACGGACGAACGAACGCCGAACAUCAAUUAUCGCACUCACGUCUGCUCAACCCUUCACGGCCGAUCUAGAAUCGACAAGCCUCCUCAACCCAUCACAACCGCUCGAGAAUCGACAAGACAAGCCUCCGCAAAUAUGGUGCAAGACGACCGAUGGCCGAUGCUGCCUUUCCUCAUUGUGCGAGCAACUCAGACGUUAUUUGGCGUCAUACUGCUGGGCAUGACGGCGUAUAUUUGCUCACUGGGCCAAGUAUGGUGGGCAGGCAUGGGGUUGUUCAUAGCGCUGAUCAUUCUUAUCUGGAUGGCUGUGAAUUUCAUCCUGUUCUUCAUGGGGAUGCUACUACCGCUGGCCGUGGUCAUCGUCGACGCGUUCUGCACCCUUUUUCUCCUCAUCUCCAUGGCCGGCACCGCCGAUAGCGGCUGGUUGGCUCUCGACUGCUCGUACUUCUACUCGGGAUCGCUGUGUCCGACCAUCAAGGGUGCCUUCGCGAUGGAAUUGCUGGCGAUGUUCCUCUUCAUCGCCUCCCUCGUCUUCGCCUCCAUCACGCUCUACAAGCACCGGGCGGACCUUCUCGGGCGUAUCCACGCGAACGGCGGCGUCGCACCCGUCACGACCUCCGCCGAGCUACCCGCGCAAUCCUCGCAGACGCAGAAGCCACAGGAACAGUACUACCAGCAGCCACUGCAGCAGAUGCAGAACCCGCAGCAGCCCAUGCAGCCCACCGCGUACCCGACACCCGUCUACAACACCCAGCAGCAGCAGCAGCACAUGCCCCAGCAGCCGUACACACAGGGCCCCGCCUACGACGGCUUCGUUAGCCCCCCCACCAGCCCCCCGCCCGCGGAAAUGCAGCACACCGGAGGGUACUCGACUGUCAGCAGUAAUACUCCUCACCCGCCGGCUGCGGGAUGGCCCACCGCCGCCGCAGAGAUGCCCGCCUCGUCGCAUCCGCGUCAAGCUGAGCUGCCGAAUUAAGCACCGCCUACAUCAUAGGAGAUGAGGGAGUUGGGGAUGUAUCAUGUAUGUACUUAUGUGUGUGUGCGUGUGUGUCGGCGGGCGCAGUUUUGCGGGUUUGCUUUUCUUCCAUGGUUGCCAAAUACUUACCCAACACAAAAUUUAAUAAUGUACUGUACUGUACUUUAACGAUCGCUUAUCAUGACUGGAAAUUUUUAUCGCUCCGUUCGACUUAUAGGUAAUGGGGAUCGGUACGGCGGCUCGGCCCGGUAGUGAAGCUCUGUACUAUGUACACGACGGACGUGCAUUUGUUUGUCGGGGAGUCGGACGGCA